ACGGCCUCCGGGCCCCGCCUCUGAGCCGGCAGAGGUAGUGAGAAGGCCGCUGCACCUGCCCGGUCUUGCGCGGAGACCUCUGUCAAUCGCGGGACGCCAGGAAUAAAAGGCCCCUCGCAGAGGACUGAAAAUGGCUACAAACAAAAGUGUUGGCAUCUUCAGCUCCGCAUCCCUGGCUGUGGAGUACGUGGAUUCCCUGCUGCCUGAGAAUCCUCUGCAGGAGCCCUUUAAGAAUGCUUGGGUCUACAUGUUGGAUAACUAUACAAAGUUCCAGAUCGCAACCUGGGGCUCCCUGAUAGUUCAUGAAGUUAUCUAUUUCUUGUUCUCUUUACCUGGGUUUCUAUUCCAGUUUAUACCUUACAUGAGAAAGUACAAGAUUCAAAAGGAUAAACCAGAAACCUUCGAAGGCCAAUGGAAGUGUUUGAAAAAAAUUCUAUUUAAUCAUUUUUUUAUCCAAUUGCCUCUGAUUUGUGGAACAUACUAUUUUACAGAGUAUUUCAGUAUUCCAUAUGAUUGGGAAAGAAUGCCAAGAUGGUAUUUAACUCUGGCAAGGUGUCUGGGCUGCGCAGUCAUUGAGGAUACCUGGCACUACUUCCUGCACAGACUCCUUCACCACAAGAGGAUUUAUAAAUACAUUCAUAAAAUCCACCAUGAGUUUCAGGCCCCAUUUGGAAUCGAAGCAGAGUACGCACAUCCUUUGGAAACCCUGAUUCUUGGGACUGGAUUUUUCAUUGGAAUUGUGCUUUUGUGUGAUCACGUAAUUCUUCUGUGGGCAUGGGUGACCUUGCGUUUGCUAGAGACCAUCGACGUGCACAGCGGCUACUAUAUUCCGAUCAACCCCCUGAACUUCAUCCCUUUUUAUACGGGUGCUCGACACCACGAUUUCCACCACAUGAACUUCAUUGGGAAUUACGCCUCCACCUUCACGUGGUGGGAUAGGCUCUUUGGGACAGAUGCCCAGUAUCACGCCUACAUUGAAAAAACGAAGAAGCUCGGGAAGAAGUCAGAGUGAAUACCCCCACUCUCCACCUUCCUCUACUGCAGCUGGCAACUAACAUUGCUUCUGGGGAGCGGAAAUGAGCGCCGGACUUGGCUGCUGAGUGAUAAGGACCUUAACGACCUUCAAGUACUCUUCCAGAUGAGAACUUUCUACUCUACAUCCAAGAUCUGUAUAUGUGGGAACAAAUAAGUAUAUAUAUUUAAGUAGUUUUCGUGAGGAGGUUUUAAAGGCCGUAUUGCUAGCCUCACCGAAAGGUUUCAGGAACUGGAAGAAGUAUUAGUGUACAACUCGCCACUUCAUGCCACCCAAGGCUGAAGUUGACAUUGCCUUUUAAGCCUUUUACAUGCACUGAUCAGUUCAGAAAUUCUCAACAAUAAUGUUUGCCUUCUAGUUUAAGACAUGGUGUUUUUCAGAAUUUACCAGAAGUGAAAAUAUCACAAAGUGAAUAUAUCAUCUGGUGAGCGAGUGACCGAAACCCCAUUCUGGUCUGGGGUUGGGACUAUUCUUUCUGUGAAGGAUUGUUUGAUUGUAGUAACUUUAUUGGCAUCUUGUAAAUUAGCUCAUUUCCUACGUGAUGUACAUAGAAUAUUAUAGCCUAAAGAUUUUCAAGUUCUUGUUUGUAAUUGAGGAGCCCCAUGUCUGCUGUCCACCCUGCGUCUUUGUGUAUCAGGUGGUCACUGAAGUAGUAUCUUGAGCUUUGUGGAUUCACUUCUCUAUCUGCACCUGGAGCUGGUGAAAUAAAUGUGAUUUUUGUCCAA